UCAAGAGCCGUUAUCCGCCUACAGCUCCUUAUCCAGGCAGCAAAGCCCCGCAGCGUCCCUAGCACUUUCCUUCCCUUUCCCCAGGCACCGCAGCAGGGAGGGAAGGCGCGGAGCCGGGGUUCCCGCAGGCCCCGGAGCCCCCGCAGGGCGGUCAGACCCCACAGAUGUGCAGCCCCGAGCACCCCGGCCCGCCGUGCGGCCUGCGCCGGCCGCACCGCCUCCGGGCCCCGCUCCCCACAGGCCGGACCGUCACCCCGCAUCCCGGCCUGCCCCCGCUCCGUCCCGCCCCGCCGCCGCUGGAGGCCGGGCAGGGGAGGGGGAGCUCCAGCCGGCCCCCGCGGGGCGGAGGUCACCCGCCUGCCCCCGCCCUCCCCCAUGGGCGCCGGCUCCGUCCAGCCGCCGUCGCUCCGGCCCCGCGCGGAGGAGGAGGCGGCGGGGCGCGUCUCCCGGCGGCGGCUGCGCCCGCCUCGCCGCCCGCCGCCGCCCGCAAGCCGCCGGGGAGCCGCGGCGGAGGCGCAUGGAGAGAACGGCCGCCGCUGUGUGCUGGGUUCUUUUCUUCCAUCUUCCUCUCAUCUCUGGAAGCUCCAUCCGUAUUGGAAUAGGCAGCAAUUAUUCCAAUCUCUAUGAACAGAGUAUUCUGCCAUGUAAAAAAGAAGAACUACAGUGUGGUGACGGACUCUGCCUCUUAAACUGGCUGCGCUGUCACUAUAAGAGAGACUGUGGCAGAGACUACAUGUCCAUCAAACUAACAUGCUCAAAAGUUCACCUGAACCAGAGCAGCCCAACCAGUGAAUUCCCCAGCUAUGGUGAAAAUGGAAAUGACACCAGUUUACUCGUUUCACCACUGCUGGUGGCUGGCGUAGUGAUCGGACUUGUACUAUUUCUAUCCUGUGUUACAAUCAUCAUCGGCAGUCUGCGAAAGGAUGGACGGUUAAGACACCCACAUCUGAGGAGAGAUGCUGUUUAUGCUCCAGAUGGCUUCUCUUACGGUGACUCUUUUGGAGAGCUGAGAUCUACCUGCAUGGAAGAGUUUCCCCCAGCUUUUGAUUUUGGGUCCUAUCUGGAUACACUUUCUCAGGUCAACUUCAUGUAUCCUGAUUCACCUCCACGCUACGAUGAAUGUGUUGGGCCAGGAGCAACACAAAUAUACAUUCCCACAGAUGAUCCCCCCCCAUAUUCUCUUACGGACCCUUGUCAAAGAAAUGAAGUAUCUAUAAACAUUAGCCUGGAAGAAGCAGCAGCAUCUGGGACUACAGGACAGGGUGCAAAUUAUGCAGUCACGCUGCAGGACUUGCAGCAGCCCAUUUCAUCCAUCUCUUUGUCAUCGCUCACUCUGGAGGCUGCUCCCCUGUACGAGACAGUGGUGUGUGAACAGAAUAUCCCCAUCCCACUUGUUCCAAUGGAAGUACUGAAAAAUUCUUCCACUGACUACCAGACCCUUUUGAACCAAAUCAUGUGAAUAAAAGCGGCUCUUUCCUUCAAUUCUUCUGAAGAACUCAGACUGACAAAAACUUUUGGAAGAAUAAAACCUCUGAAUAUUUUACGUAUUUUAUAUCUUUAAGUAGGGAUGCAAUGGGAUUAAUGGGAUUUUUCUUUUUUUUUUUUUUUUACACUGAUUUUUGAAAGUUUAUGUAAACUUCCCUCUUUGUGUUUCAAAGCGUUCCACGACAUCACACAGUAUAAAAGAGCAGCAGUGACAGGAAGUGCAUUUGACCUUUUUGAAGCAUUUCAAAACACAUUGAAAUCAGCCACUCUUAAUGUAGAUACAUGUUAUCCAGCCAAGCCUACAUGUUGAUUUAUGAAACUUCGCAUGUUUUAGAGCAGAAGGAAAAAGAAGAGCAUUUUGUUGUCUUUGUAGGUAUCAGUAGUACAUUUCAUUCAGUAUCUUGGUAACAAAGCAUUUUAAAAUAAUUCUUUGUCUGAAUACGUAUUUCAGUAGAUGGAGAUAGAACACUGUGUGCAAAACAUGACUAUCAGUACAAUAUUUUGAUAGUCACAUUUUCCCUUUGGAAAGCCUGGCCAGUACCAGGUUUUCCAGACCAUUGUGAAGCCUGCUGCUAAGGCUUCCUCAAAAAAAACCAACAGCAAGGGAUGGAGAAGUGGCAAUGGAUCCCCAAAGCCCAAUUGGCUUUACCUAUGGCAGCUGAACUGCAGCUGUGCAGGCCUGGGAGCUACGAGCAUUUCACAGGGACUUGAUGUAGCCAAGGGAAGGGCCAUCUCUGGAAUCCCAGAAGAUGCUUCAUGCUGAUUCCCACGCACGACUGCAUUUUCAGGCACUAACUGGUCUCCUUUGUCAGUAAAGAGCCUGUGGUGUUAGAAAGGACCUUAACCUCUAGUAAUUAGUGUGAUAUGAAUAAUAGAUGCUGGACUUGGCAUGCACAGUAACAGAGAACCUCACUUUGUGCAGAAAUCUCUUUUAUUAGGCACGAUCCUUUUCACUGAAAUUUUGGUACCCACAAAUCUAGUGUUUGUUCAUAGAGCUGGACUUCUCACACGAUCACUGGAUAAAAGCAUACAAGUUGGAGAUGCACACUAGCAGGAAUAGCAGCACUAAACUGCAGAUGCGAGAGUUUAAUCUUGCAUGGUACACAUGCACCCUAUCUCCACUUAAGGACUAAGUUACACAUUCAACCAGUACUAGUUAGCAGAGUUAUCAGAGGCCUAUCUCCACUAAGUCUCUUAGAGGUACUUUCACUGGAAAAAAAAUUUUAGGCUGAUAAAAUGGACUUCAGUUUGCUACCCUCACUGAAGGAUAUGUAAAAAUGAGUAUAGUAAAUAUAUAAUUGUAUUUAAAAGAAAGCAUCAUCCAAAUUAUUAAAACUGCACUUAGAUUUUCUGUAAAUACUAAAUGAUUUUCAACUGUAAUCAUCAUUCAACACUACAAAGAUUGACACAAUUAUAAUUAAUACUUAGAUGGGAAGUAAUGAUAUGGUUCUUACUGCUGUAUAAAUUAUAUCAUCACUGAGUCAUAUGCACAUGAUGAGAUAAGGUAAGUAUGCAUUUUUUUGCUAAUUAGAUGAAAGUAAAUAUGUAUUUUGCUAAAAUAACAGAAUUAUUUUGCAGUUCAGCAAGAUUUUCAAUAUUCUCAGUAUAUGAUACCCAAAACAACAAAGUUUCACAAUUUUGCAUUGCAAAACUGCUGGCAGGCAUUGCCGGAAUGUAGACUAUAUUUCACAUUUGUGUUUUUAACAGAUGGACCUAUCCCUCUAUAUAAAGUACUAGUGUAAACAGUUUUAUCAUAUGCAAAGUAUCCUGCAAUAAGAGAGACAAAACUCUACACCAUGUAUUGGGGGCCAGAAAUUAAAACCAAGGUAGAAAGAAACAUAUCUGUCAGUUUUAUUGGCAGGGAAAUAAAAACUGAAGGAAAGCACAGAGGUUUAUUUAUGCAGAGCAGGACAUGCUUUCAUCGCGAUGUCUUCAUGCAGCUCUUGGAGACCUGCCUAGAACAGGGUAAAGCACUGGGAUCAGACCCUUCUUACUUCAGCCUGCUAUUGGAGGAGAUGGAGGGGGAAAUCUAAGAAACAAGUAUUAGAAGACAAAUGUGCUUCCCAUCCCCCCUCCCCUCCCCACCUCCGCUCCCCCCAGAGUGAGUCCCUCUUUUACUUGUAACAUGGCAAACCUGAAGGUUGUUCUGAAGACAAGCACAGAGAGCUUUUCACAUCUAGCAGUCAAACCUCUACUCUGUUACAGGUGCUUACAGUUUCUGAGCAUUUUGGGCAAUCAUUUCAAUCUGCUUGGCUUUUAACAUGACAGGGUUUUCAUGACCUUCUACUAACUUUCUGUCUAUGAGUAACAAACUAAUUGUUAGUAGGCCUCUGAUGAAAAUGGGAAAUUUGUAUUUCACCUCAUGAUAGAAAUGCAUUACUAAGAUUAUAAAACACUAAUCAAAGUCUGUCUUCGUUGAUAACAGUUACACAUCCUUAGCAUUAUGAUCUGGAUUGUAUGUAGCAGCAUUGCUUCCAAAUAGCUGUCUACUCCCUCUUGUGGCAUACCAUUUUAUAAAGUCAAGUCAUAUGGUUAUGCUACACAGGGUUCAUAAUGAGGGAAUUGUCCAUCAAAAUAAUCCCAGCUGCUUUGUCACACAGAUAUGGAAGCCCACCAAAACAUACGCUUUGAAACUGCAGCAUUUUUCUAAGUUACCACUGAAUGCAUAGUUAUGUCAUUCAUCAUGAACAAGUACCUUUACAAAACAAACUGUGAAUUAAAAGUAGAGUACACUACCUUCAGUGAUACCUUACCACAAUCACUUGCAAGAGUGGCUUAAUAUUUUCUACUCUUGUUAAUCUUUUUAGCUAGGUGAUACCCAACAAAGUUGUGGGAGAAAAGCAUAUAAAUCCAACCAUAUACUGCUGCAAACAGACAAUACUAGACAGAGAAAUUUAUAGCUCUAAAGCCGCUCUAACAGCUUCUGCUGUUGAUAAUCCUUGUAAUGAUGCAAUAUGUUUUCACUUCUUGGAGAAUAUUUAAGAUCCCAGAUAAAGCUCGGAAAAACUGACAGUGUCUCCUGAUGCUCCUAUUAAGAAAUUCACAUCCUCCUAUCAGAUAUUAUUCUAAACUCUCACAUAAAACACCAAUCCUAGAACAGGCUUAACACAGGCCUUUCGUUUAUUACACAAUAUCUGAAAGGAAGUUGUUUAGACAUGGUGUUUCUUGCUAUGUGAUAACAAUACUGUAUUUCUGUAGUCAUCUCUUUUGCUUCAAUUUUUAGUAUACUGAUCUUUACACAAAACUUUUAGUAAAGAACAUAUAUGUAUUCAAUAAA